CCAGAGCUGCCCCAGGGGACCCGGCGCGGUUGGAGCGCCCGGGACCGGCGGCGGGACGGGACCGGCGGAGGCGAAGCGUCGCCCCGGGAUUCGGCAGCGGAGCGGCAGCGGAGCGGCGCGCCGGAGGAUUUGGAGCGGGAUCCCCGCCCGGGCUCGCAGCCAGGCUCGCCCUGGGAUCCUCAGAGGGGUUUGGCCCCGGGAAGGCACCGGGGAUUGCACGGGGAUUGGGACCGGGAUCCCCGCCAGGAUCUGAACCGGGACUGGGACCGGGAUCCCCGCCAGGAUCUGAACCGGGACUGGGACCGGGAUUGGAACCGGGAUUCGGGCCGGGAUCCCCGCCAGGAUCGGGACCGGGAUCCGGACCGGGAUUUGGACCGGGACUGGGACCGGGAUCCCCGCCAGGAUCGGGACCGGGAUUGGAACCGGGGCUCGGACCGGGAUCCCCGCCAGGAUCUGAACCGGGACUGGGACCGGGGCUCGGACCGGGAUUGGAACCGGGAUUCGGGCCGGGAUCCCCGCCAGGAUCUGAAUCGGGAUCCGGACCGGGAUCUGAACCGGGAUCUGAACCGGGGCUCGGACCGGGAUUCGGACUGGGAUCCCCACCAGGAUCGGGACCGGGACUGGGACCGGGAUCUGAACCGGGAUUGGAACCGGGGCUCGGACCGGGAUUCGGACUGGGAUCGGAACCGGGGCUCGGACCGGGAUUCGAACCGGGAUCCCCACCAGGAUUGGAACCGGGACUGGGACCGGGAUUUGGACCGGGAUUCGGACUGGGAUCUCCGCCAGGAUCUGAACCGGGACUGGGACCGGGAUCCGGACCGGGAUCUGAACCGGGAUUGGAACCGGGGCUCGGACCGGGAUUCGGGCCGGGAUCCCCACCAGGAUCUGAACCGGGAUUCGGGCCGGGAUCCCCACCAGGAUCUGAACCGGGAUCCGGACCGGGAUCCGGACCGGGAUCCCCACCAGGAUCUGAACCGGGAUCCGGACCGGGAUCCCCACCAGGAUCUGAACCGGGAUCCGGACCGGGAUCCCCACCAGGAUCUGGACCUGGAUUCGGACCGAGAUUCCCAGGAGGAUUUGCCCCCGGGAUGGCACCGGGGCUUGCACCGGGACGUGCCCGAGGAUUCCCACCAGGACCCUGGCCAGGGAGGCACCUCCCAGAACCCCAAAACGAAGAGAGGAGAGGAGGGAGAAUCCCGGGAGGUUUUUCCGGAGCGGAUUUUUCUGGAAGCCACGCUGACGUCCAGACACGAGCUCCGGCCGCGGGGACCUUCAAACCCAAAGCGCUCUCGCCGUUUGUCUUCCCCAAAUCAGGAGUUUCUGUCCCCAAACCCUGGCUGGAGGGAGGAGGAGGAGGAGGCUGUGAGGAAGAGGAAGAUGCCCUGGGAUGCCCAGGCAGAGAAGAAACCGAGGAUGGAGAGCAGGAAGGACAAAUCCCAGCAGCAGAACUUCUUGGAAGAGGCUGAUUUGAGCAGCUCCAUGGCAGAGGAACCCAACGAGGAGGAAAACCCCCGGAGAUCCCCCAGGAGGGGCUGCAAACUCAAAUCACAGGGACCUGAGGAGGAAAAUCCCACCCAGUGCCAGGAAGGUGGUCAGAAAUCCACCCAGAGCUCGGAGCUGGAGGUCCCUGAGCAGCUCCACGAUGAGGAGAAGCCCCACAGGUGCUCCCCAGAGCAGGAGCUGAGGGUGGAGAGCAGCGAGGACAAAUCCCAGCAGCAGAACUUCUUGGAAGAGGCCGAUUUGAGCGGCUCCAUGGCAGAGGAACCCAACGAGGAGGAAAAGCCCUGGAGAUCCCCCAGGAGGGGCUGCAAACUCAAAUCACAGGGACCUGAGGAGGAAAGACCCACCCCGGGCCAGGAAGGUGGUCAGAAAUCCACCCAGAGCUCGGAGCUGGAGGUCGCUGAGCAGCUCCACGAUGAGGAGAAGCCCCACAGGUGCUCCCCAGAGCAGGAGCUGAGGGUGGAGACCAGGGAGGACAAAUCCCCAUGGCAGAACCUGGUGGAAGAGGCCGAUUUGAGCGGCUCCAUCACAGAGGAACCCAACGAGGAGGAAAAGCCCUGGAGAUCCCCCAGGAGGGACUGCAAACUCAAAUCACAGGGACCUGAGGAGGAAAAACCCACCCUGGGCCAGGAAGGUGGUCAGAAAUCCACCCAGAGCUCGGAGCUGGAGGUCCCUGAGCAGCUCCACGAUGAGGAGAAACCCCACAAGGGCUCCCCAGAGCAGGAGCUGAGGGUGGAGAGCAGCGAGGACAAAUCCCAGCAGCAGAACUUCUUGGAAGAGGCCGAUUUGAGCAGCUCCAUGGCAGAGGAAUUCAACGAGGAGGAAAACCCCCGGAGAUCCCCCAGGAGGGGCUGCAAAUUGAAAUCACAGGGACCUGAGGAGGAAAAACCCACCCCGGGCCAGGAAGGUGGUCAGAAAUCCAGCCAGAGCUCGGAGCUGUGGGUCCCUGAGCUGCUCCACGAUGAGGAGAAGCCCCACAGGUGCUCCGAGUGUGGGAAGGGCUUCAGCUGGAGGUCCCGCCUGCUCCGCCACCGGAUGAUCCACACCGGGGAGAAACCCUACGAGUGUCCCGAGUGCGGGAAGGGCUUCCGAGACAGCCCCCAGCUCACCACCCACCACCGCAGGCACACCGGGGAGCGGCCCUACGAGUGCUGGCAGUGCGGCCAGAGCUUCGGCCGGAGCUCCCACCUCACCUCCCACCAGAAGAUCCACACCGGCGAGAGGCCCUACGAGUGCUCCGAGUGCGGGAAGAGGUUCCAGACCAGCUCCCUUCUGCUGGUCCACCAGCGCAUCCACACCGAGGAGAGGCCCUUCCGCUGCCCCGAGUGCGGGAAGGGCUUCAAGCACAGCUCCCACCUCACCCGCCACCGGCGCAUCCACAGCGGGGAGAGGCCCUACCGGUGUCCCCAGUGUGGGAAGAGCUUCAGGACCAGCUCGGUCUUGAAUCAGCACCAGUGGAGACACCGGUAAGGGCAAGCGCCGCGAUGCCGGACGGCGCCCGAGGCCGCGGGGUGGCUCCGCGUGGUGGAAAAACUUCUCCUCCGGCCCGAGCUGCCAGAGAAAGGCUCAGCGGUCUCUGAGGUUCGCUCUCGUGCUUGUUUAUUGCGAAUUAUCCAAAAGAUUUUCUUCUUGAGCUGCUGUGGAUUGGUCGGCAGCUCAGGCAGAGGCACA